UGGUUGUUAACAAGCACUCGUCAAAGCUUAUUAUCUGACAUCAACAAAUGAAGAGUAGCUCCCUCCAAGAACAAACACCACACCUCUGUCGUCCACCUGUUUAACACAGCACAAGUUUAGUUAGCAGUGCAAGCAGUCACUGGAGCAGGUUAUUUUGUACUAACAAUGGAGAGGCUGGCCUGUGAGCUGAUUUGCCCUAUCUGUUUGGAUUUUUAUCAAAACCCAGUACUAUUGAAUUGUGACCAUAACUUUUGCCAGGACUGUAUCACACGAUGCUGGGCAGAGCAGAACACUAGAAUUUCCUGUCCACAAUGCCGACAGGAGAUUUCUGUUGGUAGCCCCAGGCUAAAUCGUGUCCUGAGUAACAUAGUAGAAGGAUUCAAAGCUCUAGGCUUAAGGAUGGAAGAGCUCACCAGUCAGAGCCCAAGGAAUGAUGGAUGUACAGAGGAAGGGAUGAUCUGUAAAGAUGACACGAGUCCAAACUGCUUGACAGGUGCAGAGUCUGUGACUUCUGGAUCUAACCCAUUCUCUUUGGUACAAGAUGCUUCCAAGAUAUACAAGUUGAAGCUGGAACUGUCACUGAAUGCCCUUCAGAAGGAAGUGAAAGCUGGACUGGACUUUGCCAAAGAAGAAGAGGAAAGGAUGAAAAAACUAAAGGUACAAGAUGCAAGAGCAAAUACACAUCAAGAGAAAGCAGAUACUCUGAAAGAGAAGAUUGGAGACGAGUUCUCUAAGCUGCAUUACUUUUUGGAAGAGGAGGAGAAAACUCUCAGGGCAAAGGUGGAGGAAGAACGAUUAAAGCAGCAGAAAUUGCUGAAGCACAGCAGAAAGCAAGCACUUCAGCAGGUAGAUCUUCUGCAAAAGGUCAUCUCUGAGAUGCAGGAGAAAAUGAGUCACCGGCUUCUGUCACUGCUGACUCAGGACAUGAAAGAUCUUCUACAUCAAGCUCAAACACAAUUUUGGAGACCAUCACAGCUAGCAGUGGAUCUGAAUGAAGCAGAAUUCAUUGGCCCUCUGCAGUACAGAGUGUGGAAAAAGAUGACAAACAUCAUCUACCCAGCAGUCUCACCUGUCACAAUGGAUCAUAGGACUGCUCAUUCUUGUCUCAUAUUGUCUGAAGAUUUGACCAGUGUAGAGGACAGUGGCAAAGAACAACGUGUCCCAGAAAACCUCCAGAGGUUCAGUUCUGCACAGUCAGUUCUAGGAGCAGAAGGAUUCACAUCAGGAAGGCACUACUGGGAGGUAGAAGUCGGCGGAAAGACCAAGUGGGAUUUGGGUGUGGCCAAGGAGUCUGUGAACAGGAGAGGCACUAUCUCCCUCUGUCCUAGUAGUGGUUUUUGGACCUUGGUGCUGAGAGAUGGAGAUCAAUAUAAAGCCUGCACUGUGCCACCAACUAACAUUUCUCUGAAUGUCAAACCCAGGAAGAUUGGUGUUUAUUUAAACUAUGAGGAGGGUCAAGUGUCAUUUUACAAUGCCGUUACCAUGGAGCUUAUCUACUCCUUCACAGAUAUGUUUACUGAAAAACUGUUCCCAUACUUCAGCCCUUGCAGUCAAGAUCGUGGUAAAAAUUCACAGCCGUUGAAAGUCUUUGUGCUCCAUUUGUGACUUGCUCUCACUUUGUUGAAAGCUUAUUUCAGUAACUUCAUGAAAUGUGGGCCUUCCUUCAUUCCCUUAAAUUUUCUGAUAAACUAGUUUCCUUUUUUUGUUAAAGUUAUCUUUAGACUAUAUCAUAAGAGGCUGUCGCACCUGUAUCAUUGUACUGAUGUAAAACUAUGUUGUCCAUCACUGGAGACUAUAUAAUAUGUUUUUUUGGCAAUGAACAAUAAAUUACAAGAGAGGAUAUUUCAGAACAUUUUGUGCACAGUUGUAGUUUUCAUUAAUAGACAAAAAACAAUAUGGUUCAUAAUAGUUUGAAAAUCUUCAAAAAAAUGACCUAAAUUACUUGUCUUACCUAUGAUCAACAAUUAACAAAUGCAACAGACUGAUAAAUAAAUGCAGCAGCUAAAUCAGUAUCAGUAUUUUUAAUAUACAGAAUCUGCUGUGAAUAAUAGUUAAUGUGUCAUGUUAGCAGCUCAUAUAACAUCGUUCAAUAUCUAUAUUUACUGAGAAUGCAAAUAAGCACCUUUGCUACAUAUCAUAUAACUGAUUAGGCAAUGUUACAUUUUGAAUAGUUCAGUAUGAUACAUUUUGAAUAGUUCAAUCUGAUGUCUACCUUAUUAUAUUUUUUCAUCCCGUCACCUCUACACUUUCGUAAUGUUGGCUGUACCAUAAUUUAUUUCUUUAACCAACUGUACUUAAGUGUAAUGCAGAGGUUUGCAGCUACCAACACCAAUGCCAAUGAGUGGAACUUGAGCAUAAAUUGUUUGGGUUUCCACUGAAGUAGCUUCAUCACUGACAUUAUAGCCUUACCUAAUUGUACUUUAGUGACAGAAUUUAUUGUAAACUUGAGCAUAUUUUUUGACUGUGUUUAACAAUAAAUAUAUCGCUAUAUAUUUAAAAUAUGUGUAAAUAAUCCAACCAUUACAAGUAUCACUUUCCCUGCAAUCCAUCUGCCUGGUACAUGACCAUCUUGCAGAAGUAAAAUUAAUGAUUUUUGACACCAUGUUCAAAAAAGUUGCCAAUCUUUGAUUUGCAGCUUAAAGUUAAAACUGGAAAAACUUAACUGCAGCUUUUCUAUAUUUAAAAUGCAUUGCUAUUAUUUUCAGAAGUUUGUAAAAUAUCAAGAGUAUAAGCAUUUGUGAAAAUGUGGAAAAAUUUUUCUAAUCCAUUAAUUCUCAUCACAAAAUGUUAAUAAAUGCAGUCUCUGCA